GCAACUUUUUGGUACAUGUCAGUUGUCAACAUUAAAAAGUUUCUUUUUCCGGUGGUGUCCGUUCUCGGACGCCAGAUUCCUAAAUAGUUUUAGGAAUUAUUAAAAAUGGGAUUCGUGAAAGUCGUGAAGAACAAGCAAUACUUUAAGAGGUACCAAGUUAAGUUCAAGAGGCGUCGUGAGGGAAAAACCGACUACUAUGCCCGUAAACGCCUUGUUGUUCAAGACAAGAACAAAUACAACACACCCAAGUACCGCCUGAUCGUCCGUCUGUCCAACAAGGAUGUGACCUGCCAGGUGGCUUACUCCCGCAUUGAGGGAGACCACAUUGUCUGUGCUGCCUACUCCCAUGAACUGCCGCGUUACGGCGUUAAAGUAGGUCUGACCAACUACGCAGCUGCCUACUGCACGGGGCUGCUGCUUGCAAGAAGACUGCUCCAGAGACUUGGUCUGGACUCCUUAUACAGUGGUGCAACAGAAGUCACUGGUGACGAAUACAAUGUUGAACCUGUAGACAACGGCCCGGGCGCCUUCAGAUGUUACCUUGAUGUGGGUCUAGCACGUACCACUACUGGUGCUCGUGUCUUUGGAGCCAUGAAAGGUGCAGUUGAUGGUGGCCUCAAUGUCCCUCACUCCAUCAAGAGGUUCCCUGGUUAUGAUGCCGAAGCAAAGAAAUUCAAUGCAGAAGUACACAGAGCUCACAUCUUUGGUUUACACGUGGCUGAGUACAUGCGCAGCCUUGAAGCUGAUGAUGAAGACUCCUUCAAGAGACAGUUUGGCAAAUACAUCAAACUUGGUGUAAAUGCUGACUCUAUUGAAGCCACUUACAAGAAAGCCCACGAAUUGAUCCGCGCAGACCCAUCCCACAAAAAGAAGGAAGUUAAGAAGGAAGCUGGAAAGCAGAAACGCUGGAACAAGCGCAAGCUGACCCUGGCCGAGAGGAAGAACAGGAUCAAGCAGAAGAAGGCUUCACACAUCAAGAGGCUUCAGGCUCAAGCAGAGGCAUAAGCUUACCAAUAAAAAGCCUGUGUACUUUUGA